AUGACGGGCCAAAUCGGCGUCUUCCAUCGAGGAGGAGGCCAUCGUCAACGACUCCGUCUUAUCGACUACAAGCGCGGCCGGAAGGAUAUCUACGCCACCGUCUUGCGAAUUGAAUACUGCCCGGGACGGACCUCAUUUCUAGCUUUGAUACAGUACACUGAUGGAGUUCUCUCGUAUAUAGUAGCACCGGAGACACUGCGCCCGGGAGACCGAGUCGUGGCCAGCGAGAAAGCGCCGAUCACUCCGGGCAAUAGUCUGCCACUGAGGAACAUACCCGCUGGUACCAUCAUUCACAACCUGGAACCCCGGCCUGGUGCGGGCGGACAGAUCAAUAGGUCUGCUGGUUGCUUUGCGGCUAUCAUGUCAAAGGAUUCCCAGUGGGCUACGAUUAAGCUUAACUCCACUGAGAUUAAGAGGUUCCCUCUGGACUGUUGGGCGGUGGUCGGACAAGUUGGCAACGCGAAUUUCUGGGCGCGCGCUAAAGGCCACUGUCGAGUGAAGCGGUGGCUUGGAUGGAGACNNNNAAAAGGCGCGAUAGGCUCUCUGAAGUUUCUCGAUAUCAUAAUGAGCGAAUACCAAACGGUUUGGUCUGAAUCCACCGAUGUCUACCAAUUUUUGGCGACUACAAUAUCGCCAUAA